CGUGUAGAGCAGCGCCGCGACGGGGGUGACGUUGAUGCCCAUCAGCACCUUGCGGUCGAUGUCCUCCAGUUGUAUGUUGCUGUACUUCACCUCCCGGCCUUGUACCCAUUGCCAGCCCCACGGAGGCGGGGCACAAUCCUGCCCACCCCCCCCGGCCAUGGGGCCUGGCCACUGGCCCCACAGCAUUUAGGAGGGGCACCCUGAGCCUCGGCAGUGCCAGCCCGGCCUCACGCUCCUCUCGCCACCACUCAGCCCCCCAGGGUCACCACACUCUCCGUGGAGACCGGCAGCUCCUUCCCGCAGCUCAGCAUGCACCAGUCCCUCGAGCCCCCUGGGCAGCAGCCCCUGGGCUGCGGCAAGUGCAGCCCCAUGGGCAGUGAUGCCGGGAAAGCUGCCGGGUGCAGCGGGGGCAGCGGAGGCAUCGGGAAGGGGCCGGUGAUCUGCAGUGCCGUAUGUGGGAACCCCUAUGCGGGGCUGGUGAGCCACCUGCGGGCAGCCUGGCUUUCGGGGAAGACGCGGCCCAUGGAGUACCGUGUGGCUCAGCUGGAGGCCCUGGGACGCUUUCUGGAUGAGAAGAAGCAGGACAUCCUGGAGGCCACCGCCUUGGACAUGGGCAAGCCGUCCUUUGAGGCUUACUUCACUGAGAUCCUCCUCUGCAAGAAUGAGCUCAACAGCACCCUGAACAACCUGUGCCACUGGAUGAAGGACGAGCACGUGGACAAGAAUCUGGUGACGCAGCUGGACUGUGCCUUCAUCCGCAAGGACCCGUAUGGGGUGGUGCUCAUCAUCGCGCCCUGGAACUACCCCAUCCACCUCUUCCUGGUGCCCCUCAUCGGGGCCAUCGCUGCCGGUAACUGUGUUGUUGUCAAACCCUCGGAGACGACCAAGAACAGCGAGAGACUUAUUGCUGAAAUGCUGACCUGCUACCUGGACAAUGACUGCUUUGCUGUGGUGACUGCUGGCGUGCAGGAGACCACCAGACUGCUGGAGAACAAGUUCGACUACAUCUUCUUCACCGGCAGCCCCUCCGUGGGGAGGAUCGUGAUGACAGCCGCUGCCAAGCACCUGACGCCUGUGACGCUGGAGCUGGGGGGCAAGAACCCCUGCUACGUGUCUGACACCUGCGAUGUGCAGAAUGUGGCCCGGCGGGUGGCCUGGGGCCGCUUUUUCAACGCGGGGCAGACCUGCAUCGCACCCGACUACGUGCUCUGCACUGUGGAGAUGCAGGAGAAGCUGAUGCCCGCCCUGCGUGAGGCCAUCACCGAGUUUUUUGGCUCCAACCCUCGGGAGUCCCCCGACUUCGGCCGCAUCGUAGGGGAUAAGCAGUUCCGCCGCAUCCGGGCGCUGCUGUGCAGUGGGCGCGUGGCCAUCGGAGGACAGACGGACGAAAAGGAGCGCUACAUCG